GGGGCGGGGCGGCGGGAGCCGCUGCAUGUCCCAGCCCGGCGGCCCGGCUGGGCUGCACGUGGGCUUGGCGCGGCGGCACCGGCACCGGGACCUGCUCCGGCACCGGCGCGGGGGGGGCGGCGCCGCGCCGGACCAUCCAUAAAACUGCUGAGGCUCCGUAAAAUGGCUUCACGCUUCUGUGGUGUCAUCCCAUACAUCAUACCUGGAGCACUGGCACUUCUUGGCUGCUGGUGGAUCUAUUCCUACAGAAAAAAGCAUGCAAGCCAUCACAACAAAGAAGCAAUAGCCAUUGAAGAGCAAUGGCAGGAGGAAGUGCCAGAGGGUGAUUCAUCACCCAAAACAGAAACAUGUGUUCCUCGAAGACUGCCUCUCUCAUCAGAAGAGGAAUGCCCAGAGAAUGAAACCUCGACCCCGCUGCUGUCAGCAGGGUCGAUGACGCCCUCUCUUCUGUGUAAAACUCAUGAGAGGCUAGAUCUCUCACAGGACCGUCCAGAUCUGUCAGUACUGACAAUUCAGGCUAGCACCCUUGAGGACGACAGUGGAAAACUGGAAACAAUAGGAUCUCAAGACGAAAGCGUUGUCCCUGCUUGUGCUUCUCUCCAUCUGAUUUCCAAGAGUGCAGAGUGUCACAGCAGUGCUGCAGCGAGCCUUACGCAGGAGUCAAGCUCUCGUGCAAACCAAGAUCAGUGGCCAUUGGCAUCAGUGACACUGACGCAAAAGUCUUUGGGAAUCACGGAGACCAGUGAUGCAGAGCAGUUGGAUGAGUCUUCACUUAAGCCCCCGAAGGAAAGCCAAAUGCCAGAAGUUGUGCUCCCAGGUACUGACUCUGUGACAGCUGUUUGCCUGGGACUGGAGAAGGGAGCCAACACCACACAAGCCUUUCUCAGUAAUGAAGUUGUACCCAGUUGCACUGAUUCCGCAGUGAGCGUGUUGUUACUGGGCGACUUGGAGCCUGCCUGUUCGGAGCAGUCGGGGGAAGAAGAGCUGUCUGAGUCAACUGCAAGUAUUGUACCUGUGUGUCAGGAGGAUGAGGACACACAGCCAAAAGGAGAUGAAUUUGGAAGAGAGAAGAUUGCAGGGGUGACUUUGGACAAGGAAGAAGCUGACCCAGUUGAGCAAGCAGCACUGCAGGUUGUUUCCAAGGUCAUCUUGGCAGCAGGUGAGGAAGUGCUGUCUGGUGCUGUGGGUGGUGUGUCCACUGAGGUUGCUGCCAGCCGAGCUGAGACCCCUGUGGAGGUGGCAAGCGGUGGUUCCUCUGAUGAGAUGCUUGCGGCGGAAGCUACAGCAGCCAGUGUGAACGUCGUGGUGAAGUGUGAUGCUGCCACACUGGCAUCCCCGCAGGCAGAGGAACAGGAGGGGAGCGCGACUGAUUCCAGCUGUUUAGCAUGUGGCCGUUCAUCUGGCCGUGUUCAGGGAGGCACAAAAGACUGUCGGGUGAAGGACCGUGUACGCUGUGAAUCCCAGGGAGCUCAUUGGACUUCUCUGGAAAACCAUGGAGGGUCACUGGCGAAGUCCCCUUUGGUUAUGGGGGACUCCGCAUGCAGUGCAUAUGCACCUGAAGGUGGGACAAGUGUGGAGGGCUCACUGCAGGGCACAGUGCUGUCUUGUGCGUCAGGCCAGCGUUCAGACUCACUGAGACUAUGUGAAAGCCAAGACAGGUCUGCUGAUCAGAGCUCAGUACUAAGUGAAAAACCUCCCAGUCUGGAGCUACCUGAAGACAAAGUGCCAUACAGUAAUGGGAUACUGAAAGAGGGUGGUCCGGACUUGCACCAUGAGUGUAGCCAGCUAGCAGGGGUGGAUGGAGAUCAUGCAGGAGGUUCGGCUAUAAAUAGCGUGGGUUUUGUGGACAGUGGCUGUGCCAUGAGGAAGACAGUGAGUCGCCAGAACUCUAAGCUAGGAGGACACGCCAGGAAGUCCGACUACGUGAUCUGGGAAAUAGAGGUCCCGAAGGACUUAGUUGGCCGCUUGAUCGGCAAACAAGGAAAAUUUAUGAGCUCCUUAAGGCAAGCGUCUGGUGCCAAAGUUUAUGUCUCAACACUACCUUAUUACUGUGACUCCCAAGUCUGUCACAUCGAAGGCUCCUCGCAUCAAGUAGAAAAAGUAUUGAGCCUGAUUGGCAAGAAGUUCAAAGAGCUGUGUCUCACCAACAUCUACGCUGUACCUCCACCAACACCACUGACGCUUCAUUCCCUCCUUAUGACUGCCUGGCUGUUCCUCCCGGACGGAGUCACUGUCGAGGUGGUUGUGGCACAUCAAGUUGAUGCGGGGCACCUGUUUCUGCAGCAGCAUACACACCCCACUUUCCAUGUCCUGCGUAGCCUGGACCAGCAGAUGUACGCCUGCUAUUCUCAACCUGGAAUUCCAACCCUGCCAACUCCAGUAGAAGCUGGUAUCAUAUGCGCGGCUCCAGGUGUGGAUGGGGCGUGGUUACGGGCUCAAGUUGUUAGCUACUUCGAAGAGACCAAUGAAGUAGAGCUCAGAUAUGUGGACUACGGAGGAUAUGACAAAGUGAAGAUCGACACACUCAGACAAAUCAGGUCUGAUUUUUUAUCACUACCUUUCCAAGGAGCAGAAGUUCUCCUAGACAAUGUGGUGCCGCUUCCAGACGAGGAUCACUUUUCCUCCGAAGCUGAUGCUGCUGUUAGUGAGCUGACCAGAGGUGCAGUCCUCGUGGCACAGGUCACAAAUUAUGACAAUGCAACCGGCCUGCCGCUGAUACAGCUGUGGAACCUGAUGGGAGAUGAGGUGGUGUCAGUAAACAGAACUCUGGUGGAGAGGGGAUUUGCUCAGUGGCUUGACUACUAGCAAUGUCCUGGAUGCCUUGACAACUCUUUCGACGAAGAAAAACAAAAGAAUAAAUCUUGUUUUGCACUGUUACAAUUUGGUUUGGCAAACUCUCCUAACACGACUGACUUACACCUGAAACUUGUGUUGCACAACUGUUACCGUCUCACUAGAAACACAUACCUCACCUCAGUGAAAGGCGGGGUGUCAAAAGCCAUAAUGACAGAUACUGUAGCUUUAAAGCAAAAAAUCCUCCCUGGCCUCUACUCAAAAGUUGAGUGGAAAAAGACUUACAACCUUGGGGUUUGCUUGAAGCUAGCAAAUGCCUCUGAAAUGUUAAUUGUGGUUGCAUUUCUGUUCAAGAUGUCGAAUGCCCCGUGAACUCAGUGUAACUUUUAGGAAAAGUUACAUUUGUUGUCCUUUUUUUGACAGGCUCUGCCUAUGAAAUUAAUGAAUGUUAUUGAGGAGUUUAAUGUUCAGUUGUGGGCUUACCUACAUUGUGCCGCUAACCUGCACAAACAACAUUCACCUUGUGUCUUCCUUAUGCCAGGAGGUAGAUGAAUUGCAGUCAUUGCACUUACUGUGACACAAGUCAUGGUUUUUAGGCUUGAUAUGCUUAAGGAAGAAAGCUGCUUUGUGCAGAUGCUUGAAGUGCAGGAUACGUUACCACUACAGUUUUUGCUCUGAAAUGACUUGUAUUUAAAGAAAAUAACUGAUUGCCAAGCCCAAUUGUAGUUUGUAUUUUUCUAGCCGUGCAAGUCUGUAAAUAUAGAUAUGUAAAAGAAAUGUAAUAUUUUGUACAAGAAAACCACUGGAAGCAAAGGGAACUUUACAGAAACUUUUUCACCCCAAAAUGUCCUGUGUAGGUAGAACUGGUUUGGAGCGCAUUAGGGUAGCCAAUGUAUUUGGAGCAUCUGAAUGUUGGGAGUGUUUCAGCUCUGCUGUAUACAGGACUAGUAUUCCCUUAGGUUGCUGUCUGGUUUGAAUUGAGAUCACUGCAUUUUUUGCUAGGUUGCUGUACAGAGCUGUUUAAAAAAAAAAGUAACAACUUGGCAUUAAUAUUGCAGUGGUGUUCUUUUUUUUUUUUGCUCCUUUUUAGAUUUCUAUUCCAUCUUUAAAACUUUGCUCAAGUAAUUUAAGCUGACUUAAUACUUAAAGACACGCCCUCUAAUGUGUAUCAUUUUAGAUCUGUAUUGAGCUGGGAUUUAUUGCUGGCAGGGAAGAUACUUGCCAGGAAAAUGUUGAUGUAGUCAGUCCUCAGAAGUAUUUUCAGGUGGAUUCAGGGAUGUCCUUACAUCAUAGGAGCUAACAUGUCAGUGCAUCACACGUUUGGAUAGUUGCCUACAAAAGGUCCAGCCUCUUCUGAUAUGGUAGGGUUAUAUUUUUUUUUUCCUGAGUUCUCUCCUCUUCGGCACUUACGAUUUCAUGUUCGCAUCUGCAAUAACAUCCAAUGCAAACUGACUUUGGUAACUCAGUUAAAUCUAUAAAGCAUAUAUUAUCUUGGAAUGUUUCUUUCCACUUCAAUUAAAGCUCAAAUUUUAAGCUGUCUUAAUCAAA